GACAUAGCACUAAUGGAUGAUCACCAGAGAGAAGAGUUCAUUGGUAAAAUUGGAAUCUCAUCAGAGGAAAAUGAUGACAACUCUGAUGAAAGUGCAGAUUCUGAGCCUCACAAGUAUAGCUGCAAAAGGUGCCAGUUGACUUUUGGCAGAGGGAAGGAGUACCUGAAGCACAUCAUGGACGUUCACAAGGAGAAAGGCUAUGGCUGUAGCAUUUGCAACCGACGUUUUGCCUUGAAGGCAACUUACCAUGCGCACAUGGUCAUUCAUCGGGAAAACCUGCCUGAUCCUAAUGUGCAGAAAUACAUCCAUCCAUGUGAAAUCUGUGGAAGGAUCUUUAAUAGUAUAGGAAAUCUGGAAAGACAUAAGCUUAUACAUACAGGUGUAAAAAGUCAUGCUUGUGAGCAAUGUGGCAAAUCAUUUGCUAGAAAAGACAUGUUAAAAGAACAUAUGCGAGUCCAUGAUAAUAUCCGAGAAUACUUGUGUGCAGAAUGUGGCAAAGGAAUGAAGACAAAACAUGCACUUCGUCACCACAUGAAACUUCACAAAGGGAUUAAAGAAUAUGAAUGCAAGGAAUGUCACCGAAAAUUUGCACAGAAAGUCAACAUGCUGAAGCAUUACAAAAGACACACAGGAAUCAAAGAUUUCAUGUGUGAGCUUUGUGGCAAGACGUUUAGUGAAAGAAAUACAAUGGAGACUCAUAAGUUGAUUCAUACAGUAGGAAAACAGUGGACAUGUUCAGUCUGUGAUAAGAAGUAUGUCACUGACUACAUGCUGCAGAAGCACAUUCAGCUUACUCAUGAUAAGGUGGAAGCCCAGAGCUGUCAGUUGUGUGGGACAAAGGUUUCUACCAGAGCAUCCAUGAGUCGACAUAUGAGGCGUAAACAUCCAGAGAUUCUGUCAGUGAGGAUUGAUGAUUUAGAGCAGCUGCCAGAGACGACUACCAUUGAUGCCUCCUCAAUUGGGAUUGUUCAGCCAGAAUUAGCCUUGGAACAGGGCGAAUUACCAGAAGGGAAACAGCAUAUGAAAGCUCCUAAACGUGGCCAGAAACGAAAACAAAAGUCAGGUGAGGAGGAGGAAGCUCAAGUGCCUGAGGACCCUGCCUUCAGUGAAUACACAGAGAAGGAAGGUGAAUUCACAGGGAAUGUUGGAGAUGAGACUAAUUCAGCUGUCCAGAGCAUCCAGCAGGUGGUGGUGACCCUUGGCGACCCAAAUGUCACAGCUCCUUCCAGUUCUGUCGGGCUGACAAAUAUCACUGUUACCCCCAUUACGACGGCGGCUGGAACCCAGUUCACAAACCUCCAGCCCGUGGCUGUGGGCCAUCUGACAGCUCCUGAACGCCAGCUACAGCUGGACAACUCAAUUCUCACCGUGACGUUUGACACUGUCAGUGGUUCCGCCAUGCUGCACAACCGCCAAAAUGACAUUCAGAUCCAGCCACAGCCAGAAGCAGCCAAUCCUCAGUCUGUGGCCCAUUUUAUAAACCUGACCACUUUGGUGAACUCCAUUGCUCCUCUAGGGAACCAGAUAACGGAACAGCAUCCUCUGACAUGGAGAUCAGUGCCUCAGACUGAUGUCUUGCAGCCCCAGGCGCAGCCAACGCAACAACAGUCAGGACAGCAACAGGUUCAAACAGAGCAACAACAACAGAUGUACAGCUACUAAUUUAUACUCUGACAAAUUUUGAAAUGGACAGUACUCAGAGACAAAAACACACAGACAUUUGGAAAAUUUCUAAUAGGAUUGUUUGCUGGAUACCAAACAGAGUUGGGCAAAUGUUUAUACAAUGAAAUGUAAGCUAAAAUUGGCAUAGCACCCUGCAACACCCUAAUCUUGAGAUUCUCACACUGUCUCCAGACCUUGCACUGU